UAAUUAUUGCAAUCACAGCAUCAUUUGACAGAUUAGCCAUUGGUGCACUCAAUAAAUCCACUCCAAGAAGCAAGACAAGAAAGCAAGCAAGCUAGCUAGCCAUCGCCUCAGCAGCCAAGAAACCCAGCCACCAGACAUGGCCAAGAACAACCACCUCCCCUUCGUCGCCCUCGUGUUCCUCGCGGCCUCCGGCAUGGCCUCUGCCGCCUCAGGCAACUCGACGACGCCGACGGCAUAUGAGAUGUUGGAGCGGUACAACUUCCCCCGAGGCAUCCUCCCGGAGGGCGUGCAGCGGUACGAGCUCCGCCCCGACGGCUCCUUUGAGGUGUUCCUCUCCGGCAACGGCGGCUGCGAGUUCCGCGUCGCCGAUCGGUACGUGCUCCGGUACGACCGACGCAUCGCAGGGAAUGCGCGGACGGGUUCCAUCCGGGGCCUGGAGGGCGUGAGCGUGAAGGUGCUGUUCAUGUGGCUCGGCAUCACCGAGGUGGACCGCACGGGGGACCAGCUCAGCUUCCUCGUCGGCCCGCUCGCCGCGUCGUUCCCGCUUGGCAACUUCGCCAAGAGUCCCCGCUGCCGCUGCGGCUUCCACUGCGCCAACGCCGGCGAAGUCGCCGCCGCCGCGGCCUCCUGAUCCGUGAUGCGUCGCUUUUCUUGGCUCUUAUUCGACUUGCAAUGUGCCAAGCGGCAGCUGCUGCUACCGCUUGUCUCUGUAAUUAUUGCGUUCCUUGAUGUACCAGUGGGGAUCACUUGUUGGAUGUUAUACAGAUUAAAGAUGGAUUUGGUUCUUGGAUCGAUCAAUUCG